GUUAGCUGCUAUGCCCGACCAUACAGAUGUUUCCCUCAGCCCGGAAGAGCGAGUGCGUGCCCUCAGCAAGCUUGGCUGUAACAUCACCAUCGCUGAGGACAUCAGUCCACGCCGCUACUUCAGAUCUGGAGUAGAGAUGGAGAGGAUGGCCUCGGUGUAUAUGGAAGAAGGGAAUUUGGAAAAUGCCUUUGUCCUUUAUAAUAAAUUUAUAACCUUGUUUGUAGAAAAGCUUCCCAGCCAUCGAGAUUACCAGCAGUGUGCAGUGCCUGAAAAACAGGAUAUUAUGAAGAAACUGAAGGAGAUUGCAUUCCCAAGGACAGAUGAAUUGAAAAAGGACCUUUUAAAGAAAUAUAACGUAGAAUACCAAGAAUAUUUGCAAAGCAAAAACAAGCACCACGCCGAAAUUCUCAAACGACUGGAGCAUCAGAGCCUGAUCGAGGCCGAAAGGAAGCGGGUGGCUCGGAUGCGGCAGCAGCAACUGGAGUCGGAGCAGUUCCUGUUUUUCGAAGACCAGCUCAAGAAGCAGGAGCUAGCGCGGGGGCAGGCGCGGAGCCGGGAGCCGGCGGCGCGCUGCGAGCAGACGGACGGGAGCGCCCCGUCGGGCCUGGGCCCGCGCCGGGAGGGGCCCCCGCUCCCCGCGCCGCCCGAGCAGCCUCGCCACAGCGGCGCGGCCGGUCCCGCGGGCCACUCCCCUCCCGUAAACAGGGCCCUGAAGCCCGCGGCCACGCUGAGCGCCGUGCAGAAUUUAGCGGUUGAAGGACUGCGCUGUGUAGUUUUAUCCAGAGACCUUUGCCACAAAUUUCUGCUGCUGGCAGAAUCUAAUACAGUGAGAGGAGUAGAAACCUGUGGAAUACUCUGUGGAAAACUGACGCAUAAUGAGUUUACUAUCACCCAUGUAAUUGUGCCAAAGCAGUCUGCGGGCCCGGACUACUGUGACGUGGAGAACGUAGAAGAACUUUUCAGUGUUCAGGACCAACAUGGCCUCCUCACGCUGGGAUGGAUCCACACGCAUCCAACCCAAACUGCGUUCUUGUCCAGCGUUGACCUUCACACUCACUGUUCCUAUCAGCUCAUGUUGCCAGAGGCCAUUGCCAUUGUUUGCUCACCAAAGCAUAAAGACACCGGCACCUUCAGGCUCACCAAUGCUGGCAUGCUUGAGGUCUCCGCUUGUAAAAAGAAGGGCUUUCAUCCACAUACCAAGGACCCCAGGCUAUUCAGUAUAUGCAAACAUGUGUUGGUAAAAGACAUAAAAAUAACCAUGCUGGAUCUAAGGUGAUGUGUUCUGAAGAUUAGCAGCGUCAGCACCAGACACCUACCCAUGGACUUAUGGUUGCCGAAUUUUCUUAAGCUGUUUCCUGAAGUGACUGAUAUUUUAUAUUUAUACAUUUUAGAUCAGAAAGUUUGAUAUUUAUUGCUCUUGCACAUUUUGAAGUUUUCUUUUUGAUUUGAUCUCUCUGGAGAGGUCACAGUGCUUUUACAUCAGUACUUGUGAAUGUACUUAAAUACUAUGACCAGAUAAUAAAUUGCACUGCAAACAACA